AUGGCGCGGGAGAAGGAGCUAGAGCCAGCGGCUGAUGCGGAGGGAACUCCCGAGCGCUCCUACCGGGAGCAGCUCGACUAUUUGAACCCCAUCGCUCAGCCGCUCGCCUCCCGCAAACUGACGCGCAAGCUCUACAAGUGCAUCAGGAAAGCGGCCAAGCACAAACAGAUCCGCCGCGGCGUGAAGGAGGUCCAGAAGUUCAUCAACAAGGGCGAGAAGGGGGUCAUAGUGCUGGCCGGCGAUACGCAGCCUAUCGAUGUAUACUGCCACAUUCCUAUCAUGUGCGAGGACAGGAGCAUCCCCUAUGCAUACGUGCCUUCCAAAUCGGACCUGGGAGCUGCAGCUGGCUCGAAGCGCCCAACAUGCGUUAUCAUGAUCAAGCCCCAUGAGGAGUACCAGGAGACCUAUGAUGAGUGCUUGGAGGAGGUAGCGACCCUGCCCCUGCCGCUGUGAGGAGCUGAGGACAGACAGGGGCUUGCGGGCAAGGGCGGACCCCUGCUCUCCUAUUUGUGAGGACACUGCCGAGGGUACAGACUGGGGGUUGAUGAACACUGUGGGGCUGAAUAAAGGUGU